CAAAGACAAACAGAAUACAUCGCAAUAGAUGUGAAUGUGAUUAAAAACAUCUUUAUUCUGUAAUGUUCAAACUGUCUAAAACUUGGAAGAUUUCGUAAUUUCUCUUUCAACCAAUGAAAGAGCUAUCCGGGUGCUAUUUUUAGAAUGCACGGGUACAACGUAUAAAUACCACCGACCUCGAGUGAGAUGUUCACAGUAGACGCGUACAGAGAAUAAGCGCUGCAUAGGUAAACCAGCUCAUGGAUUCGAUUGUCAAACGGAUAAAUUUGGAUUUAACACAAGAAUUUGAGCACAAUAAAUAAGCUAUUAUAUUUUUGAUGCCCCCGUAGCUUGCAGUUGCAACUUUUUGGGCGAGAUUUUACCGAUUCACCGAAACAAAAUAAUAUGGCUGCGAUUAGGAAAAAGUUGGUCAUCGUUGGAGAUGGUGCUUGUGGAAAGACGUGUCUGCUCACAGUAUUUAGCAAAGACCAGUUCCCUGAAGUCUACGUCCCAACGGUAUUUGAGAGCUAUGUAGCUGAUAUAGAAGUAGAAAGCAAACAGGUUGAAUUAGCAUUAUGGGAUACAGCAGGUCAGGAAGCCUACGACAGACUGAGACCGCUCUCAUAUCCAGACACAGACGUUAUACUCAUGUGCUUUGCUAUUGACAAUCCAGACAGUUUAGAAAACAUCCCGGAGAAAUGGACACCAGAGGUCAAGCAUUUCUGUCCCAACGUGCCCAUCAUCCUGGUGGGUAACAAGAAGGACCUUCGUAACGACGACAACACCAAGAUGGAGCUGCAGCGGACCAAGCAGACUCCCGUCACGUACGACGAAGGUCACCAGAUGGCGGUCAAGAUCAAUGCUGCCAAGUACAUGGAGUGUUCGGCCAAGACCAACGAUGGGGUGAGGGAGGUCUUUGAAACGGCCACAAGGGCAGCACUGCAGAGCAAGAAGCGCAAGAAGAAGCUUUCAUGCAAGAUCUUCUAAGACAUCGUGUAAGAUCUUCUAAGACAUCGGACAAUGAUCAAACUGUGUCAGUCAAACUAAGCUUUUAUUAUUAAAAGGCACACGUUUCAGUAAACUUUGGAGCUAUUGAAGUGAGCGUGUACAUGCAGGAAUUUUUCAAGAAGACAAUAGGAGGGAUGUGUACAUUGCAGGAAGAGCAUAUGGACCAGAUGCAUUUACCACAA